AUGGCCAAACCCAUACCUCCCAAUCGAGGAGCCCGCACCCUCAUCAUCCACGCAGUUCUCCGCAUCCUGCAAAUCACCCUCGCCAUCAUCAUCGCCGCCCUCUACGGGAUCGACCUCGCGCACGCCACCAAAUCCCACACCCGCGCGAUCCCGAGCUGGGUAUACGCUGAAUUCGUGGCUGCCGUGUCGGCAAUCACAUCCCUCAUAUACGUAUUCGUCUUUGUGAGAUAUAUUGUCUGGAUCCUUCUUGAUGGGUUGAUGGUGGUUCUCUGGGUCGCGCAGGUCGGCGUGUUUGGGAGUUUAUUUAUUUCGAAUGAUACGUCUUCUGGGGAUGUGGACUUUACGUUGUCGGUUUUGCGAAUGAGGGUGGCUGUGGGCCUGGAUUUGGUGAUGAUGGUGUUGUGGGUGUUGACGGCUGGGUUGGGUGUUGAAGGGUGUGUUUGGGGGAGAAAGCUUGUUUCGAGGAAGGAUGGGGGCGGUUGUGGGAUGGAGGUGAUUGUGGCGGAUGGUGGUGAUGUGGAGACUGGGGAGAUACUAUGCGGGGAGAAGGAGACAUUGGCGACGGUGGUGGAGGAGGAAGAUGAGGGGAAGGGUGUUUAG